AUGAGAUCAUUAAAGGGUGCUUCUAGUCCAGAUCCCACAAUGGUAUAUAUAGAUAUGAGAGCUUUAAGGAAUGACAGAGUUACACUUGUCGAAAGAGGUGCUCCUCACAGCUUAUGCUUAAUGGAAUCGGGUAAACUCUUGCCAGGUGUUAAAGUUGUUAUUGCAAAUCCUGAAACACGAGGCCAUUAUAAUACAGUAAAUUGUUUNGUUAAAAGUGAUGCGGAUAAAAACAUUGAAAAGGUAUAUGAAUCAAGCGAUAAAAAGUUAAAGAGCGCGGUUAAGCGGAGGAGAAUAUCAAAGAACGGAAACAAAGCCGAUAAAGCAUCUCAACCUUUGAUACCUUUAGAACUGUUGAGUGAUUUUAAAGCUCAGUUCAAAAUGACAACUACAACAUUCGAAAAAUUAAUUCAGGCCCUUCGCUAUAAUCACGAAAUGGAAAGAAAAUCUGGAAGACCCGCCGUCCCCUUCACCAAACAAUUGCUUAUUGUGGUGUGGAUGCUGGUUAAUCAAGAACCGUUUAGAAUUAUAUCAGAAAGGUUUGUGGUACCAAAAUCAACUAUCGAAAGCUGUUUCAAGAGAAUUAUAUUUUUGAUGGAUCAAGUUAGUCCGGAUAUCAUAAAAUGGCCAAGAGAUAAAGAAGCCACUGAUGAAAUGUUAGCAUUUAAAGAAAUAUCUGGACUUCCAAAGGUAUUAGGUGCCAUUGAUAACAUUCACAUAAAUAUAAAAUCGUCACGUGCCUUACCGGAAGUUUACAAUAAUAGCAAAGGACUUACAACUGUGGUACUUCAAGCAACUUGCAAUCACAAAAUGAUGUUUACUAGUUGCAGUACUAAAUCACCUGGAUCGUUAACGGCCAAGCAAGCAUUUGAAGGUUCUGAAUUAUCUAAACAAGCUAAAGACGAUCAAAGCAUGUUUCCUGAAGGAGCUUACCUAGUAGGACCGUGUAGCUAUCCACUUCACACAUGGCUAAUUACACCGUAUCAAGGAGAACAACUGACCGCAGAACAUGAACAUUUAAAUAAUGCAUUGACUGAAGCACACAGACCUAUCAGCAAGGCAUUGAAAUUGUUAAUGACACGAUUUCAACGUUUAAAAAUGUUAGACAUGAACAGGUUGGAUUUAAUUCCAUCCUGCUUAAAAACUACUUGUGUUAUCCAUAAUGUGUGUAUCAUGAAUGAUGACUUAAUGGACAUAACCGACGUAGACAACGAGUAUAAUAGCUUCGAAUGUGCAUUACUUACUGACAUUCAAGGAAUCGAAAAAAGAAACUCUAUAGCUGAUCAGUUAUUCAAUUCUUAGCAUAAUAAUUGAAUAAUUUUUUGGUUGUAUCAUAAAGCAUUUGAAUGUACCAUUAGCCAUAUUAAAAACUACUGUAUUAAUAUGUAAAUAAUAUAAAAGUAAUAAUGAUCAACUCACAAAAUAUUUAUACUAUUAAAAUUAACUUCAAGUUAAAAGUUUCAAACUUAUUCCAUGGUUAUAUUUACAAUAUAUCUGAUAUAGUAACAAAGUUCAGGUUGAACACUAGAGUGCAAUAAGCCAUUUGCAUUAGCAACCCUAAAAUUGGCACACGCUUAGGUUUUUGUAGUCUUGAGAGAACAGUUUGCCCCAACAGGUACCAGCUUUCAUUUGGUGCAGUUGUUUACAGGACUAAAAUAUUGUAAAGGGUCCUCUAAAGUUUAUGGCAUACAUCUCUAUAUUCACAAAGGUUAGGAAAUUAAAUAAAAUUUUUAAAUUGUCAGUAAUUACAUUAAAAAUUUCUUCUGUGAUAAGCAAGUUAAUGUCAAGCAAAAAAGGAAAAACAUUCCAAAAGUAAUCUAUAAAAAAGAUAAACAAGAUGAAAAUUAUUAAUUGUAACAAAGAUUAAAAAAAAAUAAAUCAUAAAGGAAUCACAAAAAUAGGCUAUAUUUUAUUUAAUAUACUGUUAUAAUAUAGUGUAGUGUUGUCAUUGUGCAAUGAGCAAAAUAACGAUGUAAUUGGAAAAAUAUAAUCUUACAC